CACAAUCUAUCGUAAUAUAUAUUUCAUACAUAUAGUACCGUUGAGCUUCAUAGGUUCUACGUCACAGGGUACUUUGGACACUGAUUACCUUCGGGACAUCGCGACACAUCAAAAUGGAACAGCCAAAACUCGCAAAAGUUAACAAGGUACUAGGCCGUACUGGCAGUCGUGGUGGUGUAACUCAAGUAAGAGUUGACUUCAUGGGUGAAGGUGGCUGGGAGGGACGUGUUCUCAUCCGUAACGUCAAGGGACCUGUCAGAGAGGGUGACAUCCUUGCUCUUCUCGAAACCGAAAGGGAAGCCAGGAGGCUCAGGUGAAUACUAGAUUUCAAUUUUAGUAUUCAUUACGAAAUGGCUUCAAUACGGACGAGUAACAGCUUUUGCGCCAUAUCGGAAUGAAGGCAACUGGAGUUACACUCCUACCAUACGCCAAACAAAAGCGAUAAUGUGUUUACACUUUUGU